AUGGCUACGGCAAUAGACCAGAAAGCAUAUUUAAAAAAAUAUCUAAGUUCCGCACCGGAGGAAAAGAAGAAGAAAAAGAAAAAAAACAUUAAGGGCAAGGGGUUCAAGAUAAUAGAUGAUGAUUUAGACAUAUCGAAGCUUAGACCUCUCGAUGGAGAUGAAUUGGAUAUAUACAAUGAGGGUGAAGAUGCUCCACAAGUCGUGGGCAUUAUAGAUGAAAGACCCGAGGAAUUGAGAAAAUUAGAUGGUGAUAGUACUACUAAAUGGAAAGUUAUCAACCAGGAUGACGGUUUCAAUAGUAAGUUGAAAGUUGAAGAAAUUAAAAAGGACAGGAAAGAACUUGAAAAAGAAAAUGAGAUAGUGUUCGGUAAAAUGUACAGCGAUUCUGAAGAUGAAGUCAAAAAUGAUUCAGAUUUAUCACCACCAAGAAAAAAUGGCGAUAAAAUAAGCCAACGCAGAGACAGUGACUUUAGUCCGCCUCGGAAAAGAAAUAAAUCUAAUUCUGAUUCCGAUAUAUCACCACCAAGAAGAAAUACUAAAAAUAAUGAACAUGAUAAUCAACAUAAGAAAACAAAGACUAAAUAUGAUUCUGAUGUAUCACCUCCUAGAAGAAAUAAUGAUAGAAACGCAAAAAAACAAAGUAGAUCACAGAAGAAUUAUGAUUCUGAUGCUUCCCCACCAAGAAGAGAAAAUCAUCAAAAUAAACGAAAAUCAAGAAAAGAUAGCGAUAGCGAUUUAAGUCCGCCAAGAAAUAAGUCACAGAAGAAUUACGAUUCCGAUCUAUCGCCACCAAGGAAAAAAGAUAAACCAAAAGAUAAAGCAAGGAAACCAUCCCGUUGGGGACAUUUUGAUGAAAAAGAUAAAGAUUUAUCACCAGAUAGAUCGAGAAACAGAAGCCCGAAUAACCAAAGAAAUUCUCACAAAGAAGAUAAGUCUCAUAAUAGAAGUAUAGAGAAACAUAGAAAAGAUUCUUCCACACGUAAACCAAAAUCACCAGAAAGAAAAUCAAAAAAUACCAAUAAUAAGAUUAUGGAGAAAACUUUAGACGGCAAACAGGCGGGGUUACAAGAUGCUAAUAGAUUGAAAGAAGAAAACGAAGCAUUUAGACGAAGAGAAAACGAAAUGUUCAGAAAUAUGACUGAUGAUGUAUCUGGCAGAAAUGCUAAAGCAGUGUCAAGGAAAGGCAAAAGAGAAACUUCAGAGGAUCGUCAGAAACAAAAAGAAAAGGCUGAAAGACAAAAGGAACUCGAUGAAAAAUAUAAAAAAUGGAGUAAAGGUUUAAAACAAGUAGAAGAUCAACAAGCAGCAUUACAAGAUUACAUACAUGAAGCUUCAAAACCACUGGCUAGAUAUAAAGACGAUGUAGACCUAGAAGAUAGAUUGAGAGAUAUAGAUAGAAAUGGGGAUCCAAUGUUGAAAUAUAUACGAGAUAGAAAAAGAGAAAGGGGGGAGUUGGGACCCGAAAAACCGUCAUACAAAGGCAAUUUUCCACCGAAUCGCUUCAAUAUAAGACCGGGUUAUCGCUGGGACGGAGUUGACAGAUCAAAUGGAUAUGAAAAUAAAUAUUUUGAACAACAAAGCAAAAGGAAAGCUCAAGCAGAAGAAGCUUACAAAUGGAGUACAGAAGACCUUUAG